GAGCAGGAGGAGUUGGGGGUGGGGUUGCAACUGCUUAUAAGAAGCGUUUGCAGCAGCUACAAUGUUCUUCUGUGUUAAUUUCCUCUGUCUCCGCUCUCUAGACAAAUCCUUCUUUACCGUUCACUUUCCUACGGAUAAACUUUCUUUAAAAAAAAGAAAAAAGAAGUUAACUGAGUUUCUGUAGGAGAGAAGUGGCUGGAGAGUGAGACAGAGAGAACGGAAAAGUAAGUGAGCAAGGGGGUGAGGGAGAGAGAAGAAAGCUAUUAAACAUAAGCAGAGCUUGCUAAACCAAUAGGUGCGCAUAUAUUUUUAAAGGCUACAGCACCGUUGUUUAAUCAGCCUUUUUAAUGUUGGAAAUAUAGCUUUGGUCCAGGGGGAGAGGAGAUGCAGAGAAUGGAUAUGGACGAUAAGUCACCCAAAAGGUACUGCAUGAAGAGCAAACAUGUGGCCAUUAUCUGUGGCGUGAUAGCUGCUGUAGGUUUAAUUUUGGGCCUGGGCCUGGGCCUGGGAUUAAAACCGCAGGACUGUCCUUCAGAAGAAAAUGGGAAAGUGUCAACUGCAUCACCCACUACAGUGUCAACUGCAUCACCCACCGCGAGCCCUGCUCCAGGUGAGACAGAUCCUUGCCCGGCUGAAAAUAAUGAAAGUGGAGAUUGGAAAAAUUUCAGGCUACCCACCUACGUCAGUCCAGUUCAUUAUGACCUGAUACUGAAGCCUGAGAUGGAAGCGGAUCUGUACGAUGGAACAGUCAUGAUCACCAUCCAGUUGGGAAGCCCGACCAGGCACUUGUGGCUUCACCUCCGAGAGACUAAGAUUACCAAGAUGCCCUUGCUCAUGAAAUCAUCCGGCCAGUCAAUUACCCUAAAGCAUUGCUUCGAGUACAAACCACAGGAAUAUGUGGUGGUAGAGGCAGAAGAAGAGCUGGCUCCCACCAGUGGAAAUGACACCUAUUUACUGACCAUGAUGUUCCAAGGCCGUUUAAAUGGAUCCCUGGUUGGCUUUUAUAGAACAACCUACGUGGAAGAUGGAAAAAACAAGAGUAUAGCAGCCACUGAUCAUGAGCCAACAGAUGCACGGAAAUCAUUUCCUUGCUUUGAUGAACCUAACAUAAAGGCAACUUAUAAUAUAUCCAUUUUCCAUGAAGACACAUAUGAAGCUCUGUCCAACAUGCCAGUGGAGCAAAAACGUCCACUGGGCAACGGCUGGACUGUAACGACAUUCCAAAAAUCUGUUCCAAUGAGCACUUACUUAGUGGCUUGGGCUGUACACCAGUUUAAGUUUAUAGAAAAAAUAUCAAACCGAGGAAUUCCUCUCCGUGUUUAUGCCCAGCCCCAGCAGAUACACACAGCAGAAUACGCAGCAAAUAUAACUAAAGAGAUAUUUGAUUUCUUUGAAGGAUACUUCAACAUGAACUAUUCUCUUCCUAAACUCGACAAAAUUGCCAUUCCAGAUUUUGGCACUGGGGCCAUGGAGAACUGGGGGUUGAUCACUUACAGAGAAACUAAUCUCCUUUAUGAUCCAAAUGAGUCUGCUGCUUCAAACAAGCAAAGAGUAGCGGCUGUGGUUGCCCAUGAACUUGUUCACCAGUGGUUUGGGAACAUUGUGACCAUGGAGUGGUGGGAAGACUUGUGGCUGAAUGAAGGAUUUGCCAGCUUCUUUGAAUUUCUGGGGGUAAAUGCUACAGAAGGAGAUUGGCAAAUGAUGGACCAAAUUUUGAUUGAGGAUCUGUUCCCUGUUCUGAAGGAGGACUCUUUGAUCUCCUCCCAUGCUAUUGUAGUGAAUGUGUCUUCUCCUGAUGAAAUAACCUCUGUGUUUGAUGGCAUAUCCUACAGCAAAGGAGCAUCGAUUCUCAGAAUGCUGGAAGACUGGAUCUCACCAGAAAAAUUCCAAGCUGGGUGUCAGAAAUAUUUAAAAGACUAUGAAUUCAAAAAUGCAAAAACAAGUGACUUCUGGAAAGCACUGGGAGAGGUAAGUGGUUAUCCUGUCCAAGAAGUGAUGGACACCUGGACCAGGCAGAUGGGCUACCCUGUGCUGAAUGUUCUUCCAAACUCAAUGAUCACACAACAGCGCUUUCUCCUGGAUCCCACAGCAGACCCUUCCCAGCCGGCUUCUGAAUUCGGCUAUAGGUGGAAUAUCCCAGUGAAAUGGUAUGAGGGAGCUGACAAUGAUACAAUAUUCUACAAUAAAUCAACCACCACAGGAAUUACUAUUACGCGACCCAACAAUCCUGGUCCCAAUUCUUUCUUGAAAGUGAACCAGGAUCAUGUUGGGUUCUAUCGUGUCAACUAUGAAACACAAGCCUGGGAAGGCUUAGCCAGGAUUAUGGUGGGCAGCCACAAGCAAUUUAGUCUGGCGGAUCGCGCUGGCUUUUUGGAGGAUGCAUUUUCAUUGGCCAGGGCUGGACUUCUGAAUUAUAGUCAUGCCUUGAACUUAACACGUUAUCUAAAAAACGAGGAAGAAUAUAUACCAUGGCAAAGAGCCAUAGUAGCUGUAUCCUAUCUUAGAGACAUGCUUGCAGAUGAUAAUACACUCUAUCCCAAAUUUCAGGAAUAUUUCCGUGAGCUGGUUAGACCCCUUGCAAGUCAACUGGGAUGGGGCAACGAUGGAGUCCACAUCAAUAGUCUCCUCCGUGUGACAGUUUUAGAGUUUGCAUGCAGCAUGGGUGACCAAGAGACUUUGAACAAUGCAUCUAAGCUAUUUAAUGACUGGCAACAAGGAACAAGCCCAGAUGUAAACCUCCGCCUUUUGGUAUAUCGCUAUGGGAUGCAGACCUCUGGCAACGAGGAUGCCUGGAAUUAUAUGUUUCAGAAGUACCAAAAUACAACAUUAGCUCAAGAAAAAGAGAAGUUGCUAUAUGGCCUGGCAUCAGUGAAAAAUGUCACCCUGUUGGACAGAUUUUUAAAGAACAUCACGGAUCCAAAUCUCAUUAAAAGUCAAGAUGUGUUCACUGUCUUGAGAUACAUCUCCUAUAACAGCUACGGCAAAACAAUGGCUUGGGACUGGGUACGUCUCAACUGGGAAUAUUUGGUUAGCAGAUACACCCUCAGUGACAGAAACCUUGGCCGCCUAGUGUCAAGAAUAACAGAAACCUUCAACACAGACCUCCAGCUUUGGCAGAUGGAAAACUUCUUUGAGAAAUAUCCUAAUGCUGGAGCUGGAGCAGCAUCCAGGAUUCAGAGUAUUGAAACGGUGAAGGGCAACAUUGAAUGGUUAAAGCGGUACCGAGAAGAGAUCGCAGCAUGGUUUUCGAAUUAGACUUGAUCAUCCUUUGUACCUUAAACAAAAUCUUUAGGACUUUCAAAGUACAGCAAAAUGAGGAUUUGUAGAAAUUCUGCUUUCAGACCCUGUUAAAGCUGCCGGUUCUGUCAAAGGAAACAACACUGGGAUAGAGUAAUUUAUUGAAAUGUAUAUUCAAAUAAGCCAGACUGCAAUGCUAGGUCCUCAAAACAUUGAAUGUCCAUUAAUACAUUUGUUCUCCUUUUAGUGGGGCUACUUAUAGAGUGAAAAAUUAUCAUGCUCACAUAGCUCAUUAGAUUAUCCUAGUCCUCUUUGUGAGGAUCACUGGUGUGUGUCCUUACCACACAUAGACACACACUCCUUUGAAAACGAGUCCUUUGUUUAUCCCAAACCCACAUUAUUCCAUGUACUCAGGGCACCCUUCCAAACGUACCUUAACAGCAAUCCAUUCCAAAUCUAGAAUUUUUGCCUCUGGCUCUCCUGAGGAAAAUUAGAUGAGAAUCUCUCUCUCCUUCUAAGGAUUGUAAAACCAUCCUCAAACACAUUAUCCUCCACUGUAUAUACAGGUAGCCUAUUAUUUCCAAUCAUUUGCAGCGUUUUGUAAUGAAAGCAGGGCAGUGAAACGACACUACAAAGCAGACUGUGGAAUCUGCCCAAGUGACCCUGGAGAAGCCAUAGCUCCCUGGGAGGGUACCUGAUCCGCAUACAGAAGGUCUCACAUUCAAGAAUUUCAGGCCCGAAUGUAACAUGCAGUCAAAUUACGUAGCAGACAGCUAUCUAUCUUGUUUUUCCUUAAAUGGUUACAGGUGUGGGAGAGUCCUCUAAAGGCAGUGUGUGGCAAGGGGUAGCUUCUCCCUUAAUGCACAAACCUACUAAGAUUAGAAUGGAGAUCGCCCCUCCCCACAAGGCUUAGGUACCAAAAGCAAAAAAAAAAAAAAUUGCCCUACGGCAGCCUUAACUGACCUUGUGCCCUCCAGGUAUUUUGAACUUCCACCAGCCCCGGCCAGCAUGAGCGCUGUGUUAUGGUGGUUCCAAUCCUACCGGUACCCACAUAGCCAUGUCCAGAGAGCGCAAGUGUCGCAUAUUGUUCAUUCUGCACCUGCAAGGAGUUGAUCCUUCAGUGUGGUGGCUCCUAUGCGAUGGAACUCCCUGCCCAUUGAUCUUAGGCAAACAUUUUCACCAUACUGCUUUCAGUGCAUGCUAAAAACUUUCUUUUGUUUGCUUAAAUGAGCGUAUCCAGAACUGUAAAUUUGGCAUGUAUUUUAACAUGUAAUUUUAUUUUCUAAUGUACAUCUUUGAAAAACUGUUCAUUUAAUUUUUGUUUUUUUAAAAAAGUUAGACUGUUCUAACCCAUAUCUGGUUGCAUCAGUAAUUUUAAGGGCAUUUUUUAUAUUUUAUAAUUUACCUGUUCAACAAACAAACAUCUGGAGGGCACCAGGAUAGUGAAAGCAUUUCUGAAAUUUCCAGUCCAGUACAGGAAAGGAAAACCUCCCUUUUCUGCAUGUUGCCCUCACAGUGAGAAUUCGGCUUCCUCACCCAAUUAAGCAAUGAAGGAAAAAUAGACUGCCUGCUAUGUAUUAAGUCAUGGCAAGCCAACAUUGUGCCCUCCGGAUGUUCUUUGCCUGCGUCUCCCAUCCCCCCUGAUGGCUGGCCAUGCUGCUGGCAACAGUAGUGACCAAGCAGGGAAACGCAGGUAGUGGGGUGCUGCUUACCUGGCGUCCCAGUUCUGCACAUUGCUGCCACUUACUGAGAGUCAUAGAAUUAUAGAGUUGGAAGGGACCAUGAGGGCCAUCGAGUCCAACCCCCCUGUAAUGCAGUAAUCAUUUGCCCAAUGUGGGGCUCGAACCCACGACCCUGAGAUUAAAAGUCCUGUGCUCUACCAACUGAGCUAUCCCAGGCCCACUUGGAGGGGGGAGGCUGCAGGGGGCUCACUGCAGUGUGGCUGCUGUGCCCACACUAAGUUCCCAACUUGGGACACUUAAACUAAUUCAUGCUUGAUGGUACUGGCUCUUGUGUGUGCCUGCUUAUUACCCAUAAACUCCUUAGUAUUCACACACACACACACACACACACACACACACACAGAGAGAGAGAGAGAGAGAGAGAGAGAGAGAGAGAGAGAGAGAGAGAGAGAGAGAGAGAA